AAACUGAUCUUGUUGUUACAGAAAGACAAUGUUGGUUAAAUCUCUGCUGGGUUCCUUGGUUCGAACCUCCAACAGGGCAAUCUCCACCAGUGCUGCUAGGUGUGGAGGAGAUGGUCUCCAGGUUCACAGGGAUACUCCUGAGAACAAUGCUGAUACUCCUUUCGAGUUUUCAGCUGAGAAUAAGUCCAGGUCUGAUGCUAUCCUCUCCAUUUAUCCCGAGGGACAUAAACGUGCUGCGGUUAUCCCCCUCCUUGACCUUGCCCAGCGACAGAACGGUGGUUGGCUACCAAUCAGCGCAAUGCACCAUGUUGCCGAUGUCAUCGGUAUGCCGCGCAUGCGCGUCUACGAGGUGGCAACCUUUUACACCAUGUUUAUUAGGAACCCAAUUGGAAAAUAUCACGUCCAGGUUUGCACUACUACCCCCUGCUGGUUGAGAGGUUCAGAUGAGAUCUUGAAAGCUUGCAAGGAAACCUUAAACAUCGGAGUUGGUGAAACCACUCCCGACAAACUUUUCACCAUUUCAGAGGUUGAGUGUCUGGGCGCAUGCGUGAACGCACCAAUGCUGCAGAUUAACGACGACUAUUACGAGGAUCUGACGGAGAAGGAUGUUCAUGAGAUAUUUGCCGACCUGAAGGCCGGGAAGAAACCUCCAGCAGGACCCAGAUCAGGAAGAUACGCAGCUGAACCUUUCGGAGCUCUUACAUCCUUGACCGAGAAACCUCCCGGUCCUGGACAAUUUGUCAGGGCAGACCUUUAAUCUUCUUUUAAUCAUAUAGUCAUUAUUAUUAAAGAAAUCAACAUGGUUUUAGUUGAAAUAAAAAUAAAUAAGUUAACAUUGCCA